CCAAGCUUUCCUCAAAUAAAGAAUUGACCUACAAACUGUUCCUGUUGAACAACUGCCCCCAAAGUUACAGGAGACCUCUAUAUAACAUCAGCUCAGCUACCUCUAUUCCUUCCAUUGUAAGAGAUCAGGAAACACGUACCGUUAUUUUGGUAGCUUGAGUUCCAUAGUUUUGAGGCCAGGAAUGGGGGCUGCCACUUGCAUAGAUAUACUGAUCGCCAUCAUCCUUCCUCCUCUUGGGGUCUUCCUAAAGUUUGGCUGCAAGGUGGAAUUUUGGCUUUGCCUUUUGCUGACACUGUUUGGCUACAUCCCGGGGAUCAUCUAUGCAAUCUAUGCCAUCACCAAAUGAUUUGAUUCCACUUUUUAUCAGGGUAUGAUAGAGAUUGAUGAUGGUGGUUGUGGUGCAGUGGUGGCAAAUUUAAUGUCUGGUUAUCAGCUUUGUGAUCUGAAUUUGUGGAGUAUGGAUGAAUUGGUGUUUGUCUUUUACUUAAUGGUGGAAUUGUCUGUUAUUUGUUAAUGUGAUGUCUACAACUAUUUGCUCCCAACAAGGCAAACAGUUGCAUUGUAAACAUCUACUGCUUCUAUGUGGCAUUGUUCUUCUGCAGUAUUUCUAAAA